CCAGCGACUUCUCCUCCUCCUCGUCGCCGACCUCCCCCUCGCGGCUCAGCGAAAGCGACUGCACCGACCGCGCCGCCACCAACACCACCACCACCACCCAGCGUGCCCGAACUCGCUUCCUCGCCGACUUCACCCUCGGCUUCGCCGACGGGCUGACGGUCCCGUUCGCGCUGACCGCGGGCCUGUCGUCGCUGGGGCGCACCGAGACGGUCAUCUACGCCGGCAUGGCGGAGAUCUGCGCGGGGAGCAUCAGCAUGGGCGUCGGCGGGUACCUGGCCGCGCGGGGGGAGGAGAGGGACGCUGCCGAUGCCGCAGCCGCGGCCGCGCGCGGUGGAGAUAGGGAUGGUGGUGGGUGGGGAGGAGACGGUUCCGAGAAGGAGGGGCAGGCGGCUGUGACGAGAUAUCUUGGCGCGCUUGACCUGCCGCCGCAGCUGGUGGAGAUGGUGCUGGAACAUGUCAGGCAGCGGCCUGGGAUCGGCGAGGCAUUGCUUCUCGGGGCGGACAGGGACGAUGGCGGCGACGGGGACCACGAGGGGGAGCAGCGUGGCGGGAGACGACUGGUGGCAUCGCCGGUAUUCGUCGGCCUGUCCGUCUCGCUGGGCUAUCUCCUCGGCGGCCUGCUGCCCCUCUUCCCGUACUUCUUCGUCAGCCACGUCGGCGACGGCCUGCUCUGGAGCUUCGCCGUCUGCGUGGUCGCCCUGUUCGUCUUCGGCUUCUCCAAGGACUUUGCGCUGAGCCGCCGCCGCCGCCGCCGGGGAGACAGCAGCAGCGACGAUAAGCACGCCGAGAUGGUGGUGCUGGAUGGGCGGGGCCGUGUGGCGCGCCGGGUCGUCCCGUGGGGGGAUAUCGGGCGCAGCGCGUGGGAGGGCGCCCAGAUGGUCAUCCUCGGCAGCGUCGCUGCGCUGGCGGCCGUCUUGUGCGUCAGGAUGUUUGAGGGCCUGGAUAUGACUUCGAGCGAGGCGUCGGCGUGAGGCGGGCGGUAGCAUUCCUAGCUUCCAUGCGAAGUUUUGCUCUCUUUGUGCAUACACUUUGGCCAUGUCCACAACCCUAGCCAUGCAUGGUGGUACUGUCGAGAGUCUUCUGUCCCUUGGCGCUCGUAGCUGUCGUCAAACUCUCGCAAAAACUAAACUAUCCGGGACCUGUUAGUCAAGAAAUGAUUACUCUUAGUCCCGGCAGGGGACUCACCCUCAGACGUGUGCAAGAGCCAGGUCGUGACCAAUAUAUCCGUCCGCUCGAGCCGCCAGUCCCCCGACUCCGAGGACGCCCAGCAAACCACAGCCCCGGAACCGCCCCAGCACAGACCCCCCUCACGGGUACCGAUUCACGCCGCGAAUCUGCGCCUGCCUCGUCUGCCGGUACGGCGUGUACCGCGGCGUGGGUGGGAACCUCGGCGGAGGCGGCACCAGCGACGGCCCGAGCCGGGGG